AUGGACAAGGACAGACAAUUAACUCCCGUCUGUGGAAAAGACAAUGAUUUUCCCUACAGCUGGUCUGUACGCCCCUAUCAUGCACCUACACUACCAUAUGGGUAUGAAAAGGUUUGCCCAGGAUCUGAUGGACGGCUCCAUUUCAACCUGCUGUGUCCAGUCAACGUGUCCACUCAGCCUCUCGGUUCUCUACCGGACAUCCAGACCACUGACCACAUCCUAGAGAUCUUCAAGAGUCUGUCCAAGAGUCGCCAGGAAGCGUCUGCACCCCACCUGCCGUUCUUCUUGGGGAUGGGUUUCCAUAAGCCUCACAUCUCCUUCAGGUACCCCAAGGAAUAUUUGGAGUUGUACCCUCUGGAGUCUGUGGAUAAAGCCCCCAACGCAUUCUACUCCCAGACCCAACCCCAGUUGCUUGGAACCCAUUCAUGGAUGUCAGACGGAGGGAGGACACGACUGCACUCCACUUGCCGUUUCCUUACGGUCCCAUGCCCGACAAAUACCAUGCAAGCAUACUACGCCUCAACCACCUACAUGGAUUAUGAACUGGGACGUGUCUUGGCUGGAUUAGAGGCGGCCGGGUUUGCAGAUGACACUAUCAUCAGCUUCAUCUCCGACCACGGAUGGCAACUUGGUGAGCAUCAGGAAUGGUCCAAGUUUAGCAACUAUGCCACAGCCACGAGAAUUCCAUUCAUGAUCCACGUACCAGGCAUAACAGACACUGUGAAAGAAGGCUCCAAGAAGCCCAAGUUUCCUCUAAGGGAUCCGUUCUUGGAGUACAAGUCGACAUCGAGGGUAAGAGGGAAGAGUAAUGCAACACGCUCGCGGGAAGAGUUGGUCAGCGAUGUUUUGGUGGAGCUAACAGAUCUGUUCCCGACCCUUACUGACUUGGUAAAAUUACCCGUGCCACCCCUUUGUCCUGUCAACUCAUCCCAAGUCGACACUUGCGUGGAGGGUGUUAGCCUUGUUCCAGUCAUUAUCGAUACAGCUUUGAAUCACUCAAGCAGGAGUAGCAAGUCCUGGAAGAAGGCAGCCUUCACCCAAUACCCCCGGCCCUCCGACACCCCCCGACCUGACAGCGACCAACCAUCCCUGGCCAACAUUACCAUCAUGGGAUACUCCAUGAUCACAGCCGAUGGCUACCACUACACGGAAUGGGUCGGCUUCAAUAACGUCACCUGUGAAAUGAAUUGGAGCGACGUCCACGCGAGAGAGCUGUAUAUUCUCCACUCAGAUCCUUUGGAAGAUACCAACGUUGCCGACGUAAAGACAAUGAACGGCUUGUGCAAAGACUAUCUAGUGAGCUUCACAAAGGGUGGAGAUAUGCUCUACCCAAACAAGUCUAACAACUUGCCAUAA